UAAAGAAAUUAAAAUUUUUCAUUGUCAACUAUUCGUUUAUAUGAUAUUUAGAUACAAUGAAAUGUGUAGAACAUUUUUUAUGCUACCCGUAUUGAAAUAUCGUAAAAUACCAACCAACAUUUUUUUUAUUUGCUUCAACGUACUUUAAACUGAAAAUGUCAAUAAAAUCCCAGAUUUAGGCGAUUAAAUACGAAAAAAAACUUCUUGCAUCAGAAAAAUACGACUUUGCCAUGCGUCAUUGGCGAUCGAGCUUGAAAUCAUUCCUGUAACAUCAUGUGUCAGCAGUGUCCCUAAUCUCCUUUAAGUACCCUUAACCCAAUUGAAUUAUCUAUCCCCUUCUUAGACGCUCGGUUGUCAUAUCCGUUGCAAUGCUGCAUUUUUUUUUUUGCCGGCCUCAGUCACCGCGGUUGGAACAUGCGAAUAGUGAAUCGACUGCUAAUUAGAAAUAAUUGCAAGAAAUCAAUAUCCGAAGAAGAUUACACUGAAGGUCGUUGGCCUGUCGGUGGUAGAAUAGUUUUCGGAGUCUUCAUCAAUAUUAUUUUUUUUAAUUCGUGAAUCGUCGUCACAAACCCCGAGGAUCUUAAAUAAAAAUCAUACUUCAUUGUGAACUUGUAAGGGGGCUAAUGCAUGUCACGUGACGUUUUUCUAAGGUCUCUCCGAAGUUUCGGUUUUGUGAAAAUUGCCGAGAACUCCAAAUAUGCACCUGCCGGAUGAUGCCCCAUCGCCAGAUGGCAAGGAAUCUUCUUCGACGGCAGCAGCCGAUGAUGAUGAUGCCUUUGAUCUUGAUGACUUAUUACCGGUUGUGGGAGAGUUUGGUCGCUAUCAGAAGCAACUACUAUGGCUGAUUUGCUUGCCAGCAUGUUUACCAUGUGGCUUUUGUGCAUUUAAUCAAUUGUUUAUGGCGAACACGCCAGACCAUUGGUGCAAGGUUCCAGGACUUGAAGGUCUGGACCCAGCGAAACGAAGAAGUCUCGCAAUUCCCACCAAUCAGGAUGACAAUGCAACAUACAGCCAGUGCACAAGGUACGAUGUGAAUUGGACAGAUCCAGCUAUUUUGGAGAGAGAUACUAUGACUCCUAAUUCCUCCUGGCCUGUGGUACCCUGCGAUCAUGGUUGGGAAUAUGACAUGUCAGAAGUAUUGUCUUCGAUAGUUAUUGAUUUUGAUUUGGUUUGUGACUAUGCGAUUUAUCCAACUCUUGGCUUGGUGGCUCUCAAUACUGGAGGUCCGAUUGGUGUCUACCUUUUCGGUACACUAAAUGAUAGGAUAGGUCGAAGACUCUCGUUUUUUACUUGUUUGGCAACUCUAAUUGCUGGUGGAUUUUUAACAUCAAUAUCUAAUAGCUUCUGGACCUGGGCAGCUUGUCGAGUUGUUGUCGGACUCACCAUUCCAGCAAUCUAUCAAAUUCCGUUCAUAAUCUCGUUAGAAUUAGUUGGACCAAACUAUCGAUCUUUCGUCACUGUCAUGACCUGCUCUUUCUAUACCAUGGGUUUGUGCAUGUUGUCUGGUGUCACUUAUUUGGUGCGAGACUGGAGGACAUUAGCCGUAGUCACCAGUGCGCCAUUUUUACUAUACUUCUUCUAUUGGUGGUUUCUUCCAGAAUCACCACGAUGGCUUCUAGCGAAAGGACGCCUUAGUGAAGCUAAUGAAAUUCUAAAAACUCUAGCCAAAGUUAAUGGAAAAGAACUUCCCGAGUCGUUCACUCAAAAACUUCAUCAGAGAAUGACGAUGACAAGAACGAAAAGCGAAGAAGAGAGACUUCGUAAUGGUCCCGGAGUGCUCUCCCUUUUCAAAACACCAAACAUGCGAUUGAAGACGUGCCUUAUUACUCUUAACUGGUUCGCCAACAAUAUGGUGUACGUAGGUCUGUCAUAUUACGGACCAGCACUUGGAAACGAGGAGCAUCUCAGCUUUUUCUUUUCCUCCCUUGCCGAAAUUCCAAGUUAUCUUGCUUGUUGGGUAGCAAUGGAUCGCUGGGGUCGAAGAUGGCCCCUUUGUCUCUGCAUGGUGACUGCCGGAAUAUCUUGUAUAGGGACUGUUCUUCUUUCAUCCGAUGCAGUUGUGGCGACAUUAGUCUUGUUCCUUCUAUCAAAAUCAGCAAUAUCAGCUUCUUUUCUCAUUAUUUAUCCAUUUGCUGGCGAACUCUAUCCAACUCAACUUCGAGGAGUGGCGAUUGGAUUUUCUGCCUACAUCAGCGGACUGGGACUUAUUAUUAUUCCUUUCAUUACUUAUUUGGGAAGAGAUAAUUUAGUAUUGCCGUUAGUUAUUUUGGGAGUGGUGUCAGUAAUUGGUGGAGUUUCAGGCCUGAGAUUACCGGAAACUCUGCAUCAUAGACUCCCGCAGACUGUAGAGGAGGGUGAGCUUUUUGGUAAAGAUUGGACAUGUGCAGACUGUCUUCGUUGUGUUCCACCAAAACAAGCAUCAGCAACAACAUCAUAUGAAGAUCUUUCAGCGUGUGAGACAAUGGAACUACAUGAUUUGCCAGAUUUACCAAAACUAGAGGAGCAACGUUCCUCAGCGAGUGUUCGUCGACUAGUUCGUCAAACAAGUGUUAUGGACACUCAACGAGAUUCCGAUGGUUCAAUUAAAAUGACUUACUGGUUUUAA